AUGGUAAAGGUCCUCGGUGCUAAGAUUGUCACAAUCUACAAUCCAAUGUCAGGUACGAAUACUGGAGCAAAUCUGAAGUUGUAUCCUGGAUUCAUAGACAUGAUACAGUGGGAGAAUCUUUACGGAAAGCUGCACUAUGGUGGUCAGCGUGUUCUGCUGAAUGACUGUCUGUACAGAAACAUGAGGAGGGUGAAAUAUGUCGUGUUUAGCGAUCUUGAUGAGGUCAUAUACCAGUUUCAAGUAACAAUUGGAUAG